UGCUCCCUGCCCACCUACUAUGAACAGCAGCUCCUCCCACCUGAUCAUAAAAGCCAACGGCAUGCUACCGGCAGCUGAUCAGAGCACUCUCUCAGUCUUCCAGUGAUCUCUUCCUUUGACUCUUGCUUCUUCAAGGGGAGUUUCACACCUUCUCAACAGCCAUUGAGAAAGAUAUCUCUGUGUCCUAAGACAAACCUGAUGAAGAGCCAAGACUUCUGAAAAAGACCAGUGCGCUGAUCCACAGUUCCUUUCAUCCUCCAAAGUCUUACUGUUAUGGCAAUGUUGUUCACAUCUGGGUGGCCACUGGCAGUGUUUGUGACCAUUUGCCUUGGGCUACUGAAGUCUACCCAAGCUGGUGCUUACUAUGGGAUCAAGCAGAUGCCUCCCCAAGUGCCACAAUACCAACCCCUUGGACAACAAGUACCUCAUAUGCCAUUGGGCAAAGAUGGCCUUCCAAUGCAGCACAUGGGCAAGGAGGGACCACAUCUCCCAUAUGGAAAAGAGUAUGUGCCGCAGUACAUAAAAGAAAUUCCACAGAUUCCCAUGCUAGGCAAGGAGAGGCCUUCCAAAAAAGAGAAAGCAGAAAUUCCAUUUGCCCAGUUGCGAGGUGAGCGCGGUCCACCUGGAGAGCCAGGACCAAGAGGCCCACCUGGACCUCCAGGAGUACCAGGACAUGGAGUUCCAGGGGCCAAAGGCAAACCAGGCCCACAAGGAUACCCAGGGAUUGGCAAGCCGGGGAUGCCUGGGAUGCCAGGGAAAGCAGGAGGAAUGGGGCCUCCUGGACCAAGAGGUGAGAUGGGGCCAAAGGGAGACAUUGGACCAAUGGGCAUUCCAGGACCCCAAGGACCACCAGGACCUCAUGGAUUACCUGGGAUAGGAAAACCAGGGGAUAGGGGAUUGCCAGGACAGCCUGGAGGAAAGGGGGAGCCCGGCCUUAAAGGUCCACCUGGAAUGCAAGCCCCCCCAGGUCCCAAAGGAGAUAAAGGUGUUGGGAUUCCAGGCCUACCAGGGUUAAAAGGGCCUCCUGGUUUGCCUGGUCCUCCAGGUCCCGUUGGACUUCCCGGGAUAGGCAAGCCAGGCAUGAUUGGUUUUCCAGGCCCACAAGGACCUGUAGGUAAACCAGGGCUGCCAGGGGAGCCAGGUCCUCAAGGGUUAGGUGGAGCUCCUGGUAUUCAAGGGCCUCCUGGCCUUCCAGGUAUAGGAAAACCAGGUCAAGAUGGGAUCCCAGGACAGCCAGGCUUUCCAGGUGGAAAAGGUGACCAAGGCUUGCCUGGUUUGCCAGGACCUCCUGGUCUACCUGGGAUUGGAAAGCCAGGCUUCUCUGGGCCUAAAGGGGAGCGUGGCAUGCCUGGGCCUUUGGGGCCAAUUGGGCCUAAAGGUGAAAAAGGCCAUGUGGGACCACCUGGCAUGGGUGGACCACCAGGUGAGCCAGGCCAACCAGGAUUGCCAGGAUUGAUGGGCCCCCCAGGUGCCGUGGGGUUCCCAGGUCUCAAAGGGGAAGCUGGAGCUAUCGGUCCUAAGGGGCCUAUUGGUCCAAAAGGUGAUCUUGGAUUACAAGGCUUCACUGGAAAGCCUGGUUUCCCAGGGGAGGUGGGACCUCCUGGCCUGAGAGGUUUGCCUGGUCCAAUUGGACCUAAAGGGGAAGCUGGUCACAAAGGUUUACCAGGCCUGUCUGGUGCUCAGGGGCCUAUAGGACCCAAAGGAGAACCUGGAAUCCCAGGAGCUCAAGGUCACCAAGGACCUUCUGGAAUCCCAGGUAUUGCAGGACCGAGUGGCCCCAUUGGACCUCCUGGACUUCCUGGUGCUAAAGGUGAACGGGGCCUACAGGGCCCACCAGGGUUUCCAGGAGUAGGAAAACCUGGCAUGGCUGGCAUGCAAGGGCCACCUGGAAAGCCUGGAUCAAUUGGUGUUCCUGGCCAGCCAGGCCUACAGGGACCUCCUGGGCCCCCAGGGCCUCCUGGCCCUCCAGUAAUAGUACAACCCACACCAGCAGCCAUGGGACAAUAUUUGCCUGAGAUGGGUCCAGGUGUUGAUGGAGUGAAGACUCCAUAUGGCUACAUGCGGAAGAAGAACAAAUAUGGUGCUGCUGCUUUGGAGAUGCCAGCUUUUACAGCUGAGCUCACCACCCCUUUCCCACGGGUUGGGGUACCUGUGAUGUUUGACAAGCUUCUCUAUAAUGGCAGACAGAACUACAAUCCUCAGACUGGCAUCUUUACCUGUGAAAUCCCUGGGAUCUACUACUUUGCUUACCAUGUACACUGCAAAGGGGGGAACGUUUGGGUGGCUUUAUUCAAAAAUAAUGAGCCACUGAUGUACACGUAUGAUGAAUACAAGAAAGGCUUCCUGGACCAAGCUUCUGGAAGCGCCGUUAUUCAGCUGAUGCAAGGAGACCGAGUGUAUAUCCAGAUGCCCUCCGAACAAGCAGCAGGACUCUAUGCUGGGCAAUACGUCCACUCGUCUUUUUCAGGAUAUUUAUUGUAUCCCAUGUAAACCAAAAUACUUGGACAAAACAAAAACUCUUUUUUUCUGUUUCAAACUUAUACCAUUGAAAAAUGCAUUUUAUGAAUCUUGCUUUAUUUUGUUUUGGACCAACAUGUACAAUCAUUCAAAUAGAAUUACAAUUUUAAAUACAGCUUGUUACAAAGGAAAGAAAAAUGAUGAGAAAUCCAAUGAGGAAUUUUGUCUGCUUGUGUACAUUGAACAUUUUCAAUAUUUGUCUGCUUCAUUUCAUUGAGGAUAAUGCCCUAUUGGGGUUCUCAUGACGUGCUUCCUCAUCUGUUCCUUCUAUUGUUUGUUUACCUGAAAAAAAUCUGCUAAAAUUGGAUUUUUUAAAAAGACACACAAAAUAGAUGUCUGGGUACUGUACUUAAGAUUUUUUUAAAAAAACUAGAACAAUACUGAUCAUCUAUAAUAGUACAAUACAAGCCAAGGUCUGUGAUAUUACAAUAAAAGACAAGAGAUUAUGCUUUCCCAAAAUCUUGAUUUUCUUUAAUGACAAAAUUUCUAAGAAAGUUAGGAAAAUUCAACGUCAAGUGUUAAACAUGAAAAAUAUCGAUACUAAGUCAAUUAAAAUCCAAGGAAAACCUCUCCAGUACUUUUUUCAAUGAACGUUAUAAUGAGUCCUCAUUUGAGCUGUCACAGAACACUUUGAAAGGUUGCUAGGUAGAUUUGUGAAUUUCUGUAAAUUGACUUCAUUUCAGAUAAAACUUUAGGACAGAGUGUUUUACCUGAUAGGAAGAUAAUUUAUAGGCUUGUUGCUGCUACCACACAGAGAGGCCAGUGCACCUCUAGACAUGGAUAUAAGGAAUGGCAAGGUGCAUGUGUGACAUCUUGAGUUAUAGGUAUAAAAGAAUUGGUUCUAAACAAGCACCAUGUUCUGGGCAUGAGCUAGUCAAAGUCAACAUGUUUAAGUUAUUUUGGUUUCAAGAAUGAAGGACUACAUGCAUGGUUAGAAUACAUAUCGGUACCAGAGCUCAUACCAUUAGUUUGAGCAAGGUUAUCCCACCUUUCUCCCAGGUGGCAGAUGGUAAGUAGAAAGAGAGCAGCAAUGAAGGUUGGAGGACAAAGCUGGGUGUAUUCCCAACCCUGUCUUUCACCCUGCCCAUAAAAGUAACUCACUACAUUCCAGCACACUGGAGGAUGGUGUCUGCAGGGCAUCCAUGAAGUGGAAAUGUCUUCUUACACUGUAAGCCACCUGAGGUCCUAUGCCAGGAGAAAAGUGGGAUAUAAAUCUAUAUCUAUCCAUCCAUUCAUCUAUCUAUCAUCGCAUCGCAAGCACAAAACUAAGAACCAGCUCUUCAGUCUGCUUCCUCAGAUAUUAGAUGUAGCUUCUAUUUUGUCCUUUGCCUCACAUGCAAAAUGGCUUGGAUCAACUUCUAUAAGAAGAGCCUUGUUGGAUUGGACUAAAGGUCUAAUCAAUACAGCAUUCUGUUUGAACAAUGGACAAGAACUAGAAGUCUGUGGGAAACGUAUAGGCAAUCAGACCCUUCUUUCUCCCCAGCAACUGAAUCAGUUUAUUACAGAACAUAUAGCCAUCAUGACUAGGAAUCAUUGAUAGCUCCUCAAAAAGCUGAAUUACAUACAUUGUUCCAAUCUUGUAGUUUGUUGGACAUUUCAUUCUCCAGCCUUUUCAGCUUGAUAUCUCCCCACAGAGGGAAGAUCAUGUAUUUCUAUCUACCUCUCUUUCUCUCCCACUGUAGAACUUCUAUUUAGAGUUGCAAGUGGAAAAGCUGUUCUGGUCCCCAAACCUAACAUUAUAGGACAGUGGUUCUCAACCUGUAGGUCCCCAGGUAUUUUGGCCUACAAUUCCCAGAAAUCCCAGCCAGUUUACCAGCUGUUGGGAUUUCUGGGAGUUGAAGGCCAAAUCAUCCGGGGACCCAGAGAUUGAGAACCACUGCUAAAGAGCUUCAGAAAGUCCUUUAAAAAAAAACCUGCAACUCUCAGAAGGCAUUGAUGACUUAUGAUUCCUGAGAGUUACAGAGUCCUCUCAAAAGUAAUUAUACAAUCACCAAUCUUCAAAAAAUUGUGCUCGCCAACUGAAAUUUAAAAAAAAACAAACAUUGAAGAUGUAAAGUUUGGCAUAGCCCCAUGUCUGUGCAUCUAUAUGUGAAUUGACACUUUUGAUAUUUAGAAACAAUCGCUGAUUGUCUGAUUUACUUCUUUUUAUCUCAUAGUUUGGGUAGCUAGCAAUGCUGGUAGCAGGAUAGCACUUUUGUUUCAGCUUUAGCUAUAGCAUCAUGCAAAUGACUUAUAAAAAGGUCACAGCAAGAAAGCAAUGUCUUACCAUGUAAGAAUAUAUUUCAAACUGUGCAUAUUUCUAUUUCAUUUCUAUCACCAGCAUUUGCUCUUGAGCUUAUGCAGAUGACAGCCAUGUGUAUAUGAAAGUAACAAGAUGCUUUGACUACUUCAUCCAUUGUCCCUGAUCAAAACCUUUGCUUGAGGAAAUGAUAUUUCUCAAGCAAGUAACAACCACUUGGACCUGAUUUUCAGCAAUGAGGGGAAGGCUAAAUUUACCCCUUCUGCCUUCUUCUUAAAUUGGAUUAGCAUUAACACCCAUUUUAAAAAAAAUCAGUGGAGGCACAUUAAUGAGAGUUUGCUCAGGAGAGGAAGCAGAAAGACAGGGCCAGCUCAAACCCAAUAGUCCGUUCAGGCAUACAUUCUAAAGGAUGGGAUACUCCCAAAGAGAGCAUAAUUCCAACCUUAUGGUAGGUUGUAAAACUGUCAAUAGUGGAACAACCCAGAGGUUGAGAAAUGCCUAUUGUUAAACUACAGUUCCCAGAAUUCUUCAUCCAGCAUAGUUAGUGGCUGUACUGACCUGGGGGUUCUGGUAGUUGUAGUCAAAACCAUGCCAUUUCACACUACACAAUUAUAGCACUAGAAUUCUACUUUAUUAACAGCCAUGGCAUUUUGCUUUGGGUUCAUAGUUUGUGAAGCACUACCCAGUUUCCCCAAAAAUAAGCCAUCCCCUGAAAAUAAGACCCACUAGAGGUUUUGCUGCAUUGCAAAAUAUAAGGCCUCCCCAGAAGGUAAGACCUAGCAAAGUUUUUGUUUGGAAGCAUGUCUGCCAAACAGAACACCAGAGCAUGCAGGAUUGGUAAAUGUACGUACCAUAGGUUGUUGUACAUGGAAAUAAUGGUAGUAACAACAAAAUUCUUGAUAGGAUUCACAAUUUGUCUGGUUAUGCUGGUUUGUGAUGACAACUACUGUACAGUAUAUAAUAAAUGUUCAAUUUGUUUGUCCAACAAUAAAUAUGAAUUCUUCUUCAUGAAAAAAUAAGACAUCCCCUGAAAAUAAGACCUAGCACAUCUUUGGGAUCAAAAAAUAAUAUAAGAUACUGUCUUAUUUUGGGGUAGAGCUGAGAAUUGCAAAUGCCUCUUCUUAAACUGCAGAUCUCAAGGAUUCCAUGGCAUGGAACCAUAGCCAUUAAAAUAGAAGCAAACCACUAUAUUAUAUGGUGUAAAAGAACCCCUGAAAGUGCCUUUCUUCCCACAUACAAUUUUCUAGAGUUUUGAAAAGUUAUUGUUCUUUUGUUACAAGCUCCAUGGCUAUAUUGCCUAGAGCAGUGGUUCUCAACCUGGGGUCCUCCAUUUUUUGCCUUCAGCUCCCAGAAACCCUAACAGCUGGUAAACUGGCUGGGAUUUCUGGGAGUUGUGGGCCAAAAACAUCUGGGGACCCACAAGUUGAGAACCAUUGGCCUACAGCAAUCUGGAUAAUGGAGUCCACAAGUUUUUCAAGCUCUGUGAUUUUCCUAGUAACAACCUUUUUUCCCCCAUUCCUCUCAGAGUGCAUGUACAUGGUAGCAUUAGUGCAGUUUGACACCAAUUUAACUGCAGUGGUCCAUUGUUAUGGAAUUAUGGAAGCUGCAGUUUUCUGAGGUAUUCCAGGAAGAUCCUGAAGGAAGGGAUUAGAACCAGGUCUCUGCAAUAGGCAGUCUCAUAGCGGAGCUGACCCUGCCACAUACACCUUCCCCAUCUGCACACAAAGAUCCUUAUUUCAAUUGGAAUGUGACAACAUCAGAUACCAUAGUUAGACUAAAGUUAUUGCACUCAAUGAGCUCAGCAAUUCCAACCAUUUAUUCAACUGUGUUUUCUCAAUGCUUUUAGCAGCAUCUGCUGAUUUUAAUAAAUCAUUGCUUUUUGACAGUCAUAUCACAGGCAUUAGGUUUAAACAAUGCUAGAUUUUCAGUAUCCCGACAGUUCAGCUCAGUGAUUCUUCAACACCUCUAUGUCUUUUCUAAAACCUGUAUGUUCAACUGACAAGAGUCUUCAUUCUGAAGUACUAUGGACUCAGUGAAUCAAUAUGAAUCAAAACUGGCAUUUUUGUUAUUUAAAUACAGAGUUUAAUGCAAUAAAAUAUCAGCACAAGUCUGCAUGAGAUAUGGUGUUAGAAAAACCAGAGGUUCUAUAGGAUGUUGAGGAAAAGGGGUACAUUAUAAACUGGGGUACCUUGGAUCAGAUGCUAAGAUAAAUAUAUGAAAGAGAUGAAAAUAACAAAUAGUUUUGUAUUUAAUUUUUUUGUAUUGAUUGUAAAAGAUCUUAUUAAAUAUCUUUUUUAAAUGUU